AUGGGGCCCGGCUCUCCCGACAUGACCGAAACAAACAAAGUCAUUUAUGGCGACGAGUAUGAAGAGGUCAACGCGCCGAACGCGUCUCAGAAUGAAGGCGACGGCGACGACAGGGCGUUGACGCCCGAGACUGAAGAGCGCAAGGAGUCUAUGUAUGUCACAAUCCUUGAAGACGCGAUCAUCGGGGUACUUGCGUGCGAGCGACAUCUAUUCACUGAGGAUGAACUUGAGUGCCUGCGGGCCUAUAACACACUCGAUGUUGACGUCAAAUUCAUAUACGCGCGCUUGUGCGCUCGCCAGUGGAAAUGGAUCAAGCGUUCCGACAUGAAGAACUGGGAGAGGCGACUCGGCGACGACUUUGCAACAGCACUCCGUGCGCUUGCAGGCAGACCGGAACUUCUUAUGCCCAAACAGCGCAAGACACAGCGAGAACGUACCGCUGCGCUCCGAUCUAAUCCGCCGAAGAGGCGGUUCACAUCGCCCGUCAAACGUCCCCUUCGCAAAUCGACCCAAGUCACGGUCAUAGACUUAACGAGCGACGACGAGGCGGUGGAGCAGCUCAUUGACGUUCAGCCGACACCUUCAACUUCAGCGUUCGCUUCGUCGUCUACUUCCACUGCGGUCUCUCCAGAGCCUCAAGGUGCGGCCACGCAGCCGCAAGCGAAGGGCCCGGACUAUGGCUAUUUCGUACAGUGCCGUUUUGCUGAAAGCCCGGACUGGGACUGGCCGGAGAUGCUGGAGAUUCUCACAGUCGACGACCUCAAAGACAUGGCUAAGAUGCUCAUUCUUCAGGUUGCCAAGAAGGAUAAGCCGACACUCACCAAAGCCAUCCUUGACCGCGUCGAAUCCAAAGCCGGUGCAGGGAAGGGCAAGAAGAAGCAGACCACCUUACUCGACUUCGACGAUGGUCUGGCACACCGUCAAUGGGUGAUGGACAGGUUCGGCGUCUGUAUACGUUUCAACGAACAUAUACACGAACUCAUGCUUCGUGUCAAUAUCAUCUACCUACGAUGCACCCAGCUUCCUGAUGGUUUCCUCACUGCUCCCAUCCUGGAGAGGGCUCUGCGGCGGAGCUAUUUUGAGGUGCUCUACCAGCGCACAAGCGAGAUCUGGAAGACCCGCGCCGACUUUAUGACCUACUAUCGCCUGAUGCAUAUCGCAGCAGACGUUGAGUGGUUACUCAAUCCACGCACGUCGAAGCCUCCAUCCGGUCGUUACGUAGACGCCGUCGCGUACAAGGAAAAGGCUCUUCAGGCAGGUCACAAGAAUGGUGCCGCUACGUCUCACGCCGUUUGGUCUAUUAUGGACGACGAGGGCUUCUUAGAGGAGUGGAGGAACAUGGUCGCCUUUGAGGCUGAUGAUGAGCGUCGCACGCGCGGUUUGGAACGGUUUGAAGCAGGUCAUAUCUUGACGCGCCUAGUCCAUAAGGCAGCCGACGCCCUGGGACCCCUUCACGAAUACACGAAGGAACUGGAGCUCCUCAACGAGCUGCUGGCGCAGACGCGUUGGCGACUCGGCCGGCGCGGGUUCUGGCAUGAACGUCGUACCCUGAUUCUGGAGCGACAUGUCGAGGAUCGUAAGAGCCAGACUGCUCUUGAAACCGCCUUGGAGGCAACUGUCGAAGCUCUCAAGGACCCUCAUACACAUAUAAUUCACCGUGAGAACCUGGAUAAGAGGCUCCAUCGUCUGGAGAAAUGGCUCAAACUUCCCGAGGAUAACCGCCAUAAGUGCGCCUUGCAACGCGGAAAGUUGCCUGAGAUUCGCAUCAGUGCGACGCAGGUACAAACCGUCGUGGAUCUUUCGCUAGAUAAGGCUGGCCGCCCGACUGGGACCAUAUCUACGUUCUACUCGGUAGAAAAAGCCGAUGCUCCGUCGACGCCCAAGGGUAAAGGGGUGGCUGUUGCGGCUCCUACACCUGCACCUGCAAAGACUGGCAAGCCGUCUGCCCGCACGGGCCGGACAGCGUGGAUUGGAAAGGAUGACAAGAUCGUCACCGUCGAGCAAGUCGCUCUCGAAUAUUACCAGGAGCUUGGUUACAAGGGCUACCAUUGCGAGGGUGGUAUCAUUCGCACACUCUUCGGCAUACUUUUUUGGGAUGUCAUCUUCGCCCCGAUCCCAGGUGCAUUCGAAACGCCGUACCAAAUCGCACCACUCGACAUGUGUGACGAGACGUUUGCUACAACGCGGGCCGAUGCCAUCGCUGCUCGUUCACGGGACAUCAUAGAUGGGAGAGCUGCGGAGAUAUUCGAGCGCGUCGACGCGGAGCAUCGGGAGAAGCAAACUAUGUGCACAGGCGUCAAGUGGGACGACUACGAACGCGAGGAGCUCAUGGAGAUUAUUGAUUGCUUUGACAAAGAGGCGCUGGCAACGCUAUGCGAGCUUCUUUGCGAGGACUACAGUAGGCGCACGAGCGGUCUCCCGGAUCUCUUUCUUUGGCAUCCGGAGGAGCGGCAUAUCAAGCUCUCCGAAGUCAAGAGCCCGAAUGAUAGAUUGGCUCAACACCAGAAGGUUUGGCUGGAGGUUUUGUGCGGUGCGGGCGUUCAGGCCGAGGUUUGCCACGUUGACGCAAAGGUCAACCCGGAGGUCAAGACUGAAAGCAAGAAGGUCAAGGUCGAGGGCAAGAACGCCAAGUCUGAACCUGUCGUCAAACCCGAAUCCAAGGGCAAGAAGUUCAAGACCGAACGCACCCAGCCCCAGGCCGAGGGUAAAGGCAAGGGCAAGUCCACUGCGGCAACGAAGGGCACAACCUUGAAGCGCAAGCGCACCGAGGUCAAGCCUGAGCCGGGCUCAUCCGACCUCGACGAGCGUGAGGUCGACCAGCUCCAUGAUGACCCGGAGGGCGAGUAUUCUCCCGCACCACAGCGUGCGGCGCCGUCCAAGCUCAAGUCGAAACGCGCUGCUCCCGCCCCGUCAUCCCCAUCCGAGGACGAAGUCAGCACGCCACCGCCAUCUAAGCGUCCGCGGCGCGCGGCUGCGGGCGCUCCGAAGCGGUACAAGCAUAACGAUGAGGAGAUGCGGCUUUAA